AUGUCAGCGAACGGCUCUUUUGCGCUCGACAAGACGGACCGCGCCCUCCACCUCCAGACCCACAAGGAAGCCCUCUACGUCUUCCGUUUCCCGCGCAACACUCCUGUUCCCGGAGCGCUCUUCGAUGCCGUAGACACCUUUGUCACCGUCUCGCGCACCCCGCGCGAGGUAUCCAUCGUCGCGGCAAAAGACGCCCCCGAGGCGGCCGGCAUGCCCAAGUCGGCAGAGGAGCACUGUGGCGGACCGUGGACGGCUAUCCGUGUCAGUGGGCCGCUGGAGCACCACAUGGUCGGCGUGCUCUCCGAGAUCGCCCGCGUGCUCAAGGAAGCCUCCAUCUCGAUCUUCACCAUCUCCACAUGGGACACGGACUAUAUCCUCGUCACGAACGAUACCCUCGAUAAGGCCAAGGAGGCGCUGUCGGCUGAUGGCUGGCAGUGGGUCUAG